AUGCAUUGUGCCAAUGGAGCAUCAUUCCAUCUCUCCCUGAGUUCUUCCCUUUCACCUCCCUUCGCUUACCAUAUUGCUCUUCCAAUAUUCGCAGGAUGUUUCCUCGGCAGUGCAACACAGCUCAUUAGAGACUUCGUACUCACGGCGUCCCAUCUUUCUUCUCCCAUGUUCCGAUCCCAGUGCCGCUGCCGCACAACGGCCCGUACGCCGCCGGGGUGGUUGAAAGUGGGAGUGCCAGGAACCGAUGGGGUCUGGAUCUUCCCAGCUAAACCCAGCGGAAGCCCGUUCAAGCCGCUCAGCGUAACGGAUACGGCGACCCGGUCCACCAGGUGGGAACACAAUCGCCAUUGA